UAGUUGUAGUUACACACUUCCGUCACUAGAUGGCAGAAGCCUAUGGUAGUAUUGAACUGUGGCAGACAGACAGUCGUUUGUUUACAUUCGUUGCAAUGGCGACCAUCACUGAACUGAAGUGUGCCGUAAGGGAAACCCUGGAGUCCCGUGGUGUGAUGGGCCAGCUGAAGGCUCGUAUCCGGGCAGAGGUAUUUAGCGCCCUGGAUGACCAACGUGAACCUCGUCCGCCGCUGUCCCACGAAAACCUGCUGAUAAACGAGCUCAUCCGGGAGUACCUGGAGUUCAACAAGUACAGAUACACUGCGUCAGUCCUGACAGCAGAGUCAGGCCAACCUGAAGUUCCCUUAGACAGACAGUUCCUGGCAAAUGAGUUGAAAGUCACAGAAGAUACAAGCUCCAAGUCUGUACCUCUUCUCUAUGGCUUGGUGUGCCACUUUGUGAACAGCAGUGAUAGUCGUGGAAAUGUGUUUCUGCGGGGUGCUUCUCUGCCAGCUGGUACAACUGCCAUCAACACAAUACCUGGACCUGAUGCCUAAAAGUGUAUGCACUCAAGUAGUGGUACAGGAUGGACUGAAAAGAUGCCUUUACACACUUUUUGGCUAAAUGUUCUCAGGCAUUACAGCAUUGACUAUAUGAAUUCUACUGAUACAAAUGCACAAGUCAAUUAUAUUGCUUUAUUAUGUAAGUUGCCAAUGAUACCAGAUGUCCUUUUUUGUUUAGGUAUAAAUGUCUGACUUUACCAAUGGGUUUACUAUCAGUUAGUUGGUAUUGCUUGUGUUACACCUUAUUCCUUGUUCUCUAAUUAAUUCAGGCAAAAUGUUCGGUCAACAUUCCUUGAUGUCUGCUCUAUUUUAAUUUACAAUUGUUUGAUACUUUUAUAUUGUCUUUUAGUUGUUUGAAAUAAAUGUUUUAUAUUUAUGUAUUCACUUUAUUGAAUCAAAAACAUGUGGCAAUGCUCUUUCAUUGGCUACCACAUGGUGGCAGCCUCACCAAAGAAACGGCUGAAGACUGAUUGAGGGUUGAGGAGUGAUACUUUGUUGGUUGUGACUUGGUGAAGACACUACUGUAUGUGUUCAUCUCUAGUAUGUGGCAUUGUGCAUAAAAACAGGGUAAUCUAAUACUGUGGUUAAAAUGAUCUUGCUGCUUAACUGUAUUAAGAUAAUGAGUUAACUUUAUAUUACUUGAAAGUAUAUUGUUCGUAAUUAGAACUGUAUUCGCCAGUACAGUUGGUACUUUUGAAUAUUUGCUUUAUGCAGUGCAGAUCAUCACAGUACAGUUUAAAUAGUGUUGAAUAACCUGCACCUGAAAGGUUUCCACAGUCACAUUCAGUUACUUUCCUGUGAUUGUCCUAACAGUUUGGCACUCAUUGUGCUGGUUUGUGCAGCCAAGCCCACGCAUGUUGCCCCUGCCCAAAUGCUACUGUUUGGACCGGACACCUUUUGUCUGUAAUAGUUAGAUACCUCUUAAUCAAUAUUAUGUUUUAUCUUGGUCUCACAUAGCUGAUAAUCCAUGUCUUAUGCUAAAUUAAAUGGGGCAUUGGCUAGAUAUUUUUAUGUAGUAACUCUCCUGCUCGUUCACCUGUUUUGCCAUUUUGUCCGCAGCUUAUGACCUCCAUAACAGCAAUGUUAGCAACACCAAUAUGAUACUAACUGUUCCGAAAAGGAAAGAGGGUCCUUGUCCUUCCUUUUGAUUUCAGCAACUCAUAAAACAAACAU